AUGUCCAUACGGCUGCCGCUAUUGGUGUGUCGUGUCUCGGCAGAACAGAUCAACAAGACCAGGCUGGAUACGAUUCGCGGAGCGUUCACGAGAGAGAUCCAUGUCGGACUCUCGAAAAAGGUCAGAAUAGCGAUCACUCUAGUUUCACUCCCCGUUCGAACAGCGGAAACUGUUCAGGCCUCGGGCGGCAUCCGCAGAGGCUCAAGAUACGCAUCAGGAAAAACCGGUUGUUGCUUGUUUUGCCGCCCCGUAGCAAACCAAACAGCUGAAGACGUAGCGAGUGCCCCAGAUGCGAAAACGGUCCUGGAGGAUGCCGCUCGGUGCUGUGCUUGGUCAGUCGAAGCUAGGCUUGCGUGCGCGGCGGGUAGCUUGUGCGAAGAGAGUUCCGUCGAACUGCGAACUGCGAACUCUGACGUGGGAAGUUACGGCAGAGGGUAUGAUGGUCGUGCGAAAAUCUCGCUUAGGAUGCCUAUCUUGGAAGGAUAUGAAGUGUUGCGGAGCGCGUCUCUCCGUUUCGGUUUCCAACUCAGCACCUUCCGCUCAGGUCAAGCGACCUAUGUCGUAAUCGCACUGGUCCGGGCUUCUCGCGGUAGGAACAAUAUGGAGAGCAAGAGAAUACAGUGA